UGCAGACGUCUCGCACAGCUGGCACAAUCGAGUGGAUUAAUGGGGACACAGUUGACUGCUGCCUGCGGGAACGUUGUCACCUGUGAAAAUUAAUCACAUUCUCAAUUAGCAAUCAACCGGAAUCCGCAGAAAGCCAGGAUGCUGGCCACAAAGUUCAAAAGCCAGCGGCAACGACGAUGACAUGUUGGCCGUCCUACACUCCAAGUCGCGAAAAUAUAUGCACACGCCAGUAUACAUACAGACGGAGCGAAGGCAAAUCUGCUUUUAGGUCACACAAAAGGCUCUCGCAGCAGCAGCAGCAGGACUAAAGCAACAGCAACAUCAACAUCGACAGGAGCAGCCAAGGAAUUCCAAGAACGAGCCAACAAAGUGGGCAUUGAUGACUGCCGAGUCGGGCCAAAGGAAUUGAGGAGCCGUCGCGAUGCCAUCCCGUCGCUCCGGUGGCGGAGGCACCACCAAGAGGAAGCACUCGCUGGGCAACCUGCGGCGGGCACAUCCCGCAUCCGGGGCCACGUGGAACGUGCAGGUGGUGCGGGGCAAGAUGUCCUCGAAGUGCCUGUGGCACGCCUGCCGGGCGUUGAUACUGGGACUGACGCUGAUGCUCCUGGGAGCGGGAAUGGCCACCCUGGGCUACUAUGCGGACCACCUCUCCAUGGGAUCGGAGUUGCGGGGCAAUGUCACCGUUCGGGUGAAGAACGACCUGAAGGGCUUCCACCUGAACAACUUCGCGUAUGUGGGUCCCAUUGUCAUGGGCUUCGGCGGCUUCAUCGUGGUGGCCUCCUGCGUGAUGACCUUCGAGGCCCGCGACUCCGCCGCCAAAGUGGUUCCCGCCCGACUGAGGGCCGGAGGAGGCGGCAGCAGCAAGAAUCCCUCGAGGAGCAACCAGGGCAGCUCCGCUUCCCAGCGACGCGGGAUGGGGGCCCAGUACCAGUCGAGUAGGUGGGAUCAGCACUUCGGGGUGUUCCGCUCUUCGCCGGGGGAUCCCCACCAGCAGCCGCAGACCGCCCUAAUCUCGACCACACAUCCGCAUCCGCAUUCGCAUCCGCACCAGCAGCAGCCCUUCGACCGAGAGGCACUCACUGCCGAACUAGUCAAGUUCUCCAGGUCACUCAGCAGUGUGCGCCGGGUGCGCCAAGGGCGACCUGGUUCGGGAGCGGGUUCCAAUCCCGCCGGAGGAGCAGGCGGCGGAGGAGCUGGCUCCUCUUCGUCGGCGCGGAUCAUCAGCAACUCCUCCAGCCUGAUCCAGAGGGCCACCAGGGAGUGCUCCCUGCUCCAGCCUCCGGCCGCGAGUCGCGUCUACUGGCAGGCCUCCUCCUUCGAUGGGGGCAGCAAUCCCCCGCCCGGAUUGGGCAUCAGUUCCGGGGCCGAGAAGCGCAGUGAGCGGAACAAGCGAUCGGACACGGCCAAGAGGCACGUCCUCGCCCGCCAGCGACCCAUCGAGCAGGAGGAGGCACGGGAUCACAGUCGCAGUCCACUGGGACACAGGCGAAACUCGACCAUGUCGGACUCCUCGUAUAGUGGCCGCUGGACGGCUCGCUGUGCGUCCAUCGCCAGUCGCACAUCCAGUAUCGAAUCCCGGCGUGUUCAGGUGGAUCUCCACAGUCCCGAGGUGAUGCCAAAGUCGAUACUGCGAUCCCCCAAGCGCUACAGCUCCGGACCUUCAGCCACGCCCUCCGUGGAGAAAGAAUUUCGUAGCCAGUUAUCUGUGUGCUCGGAGCCACCUCCUCCGGUGCGUCAAUUGUCGGGGCAAUCCAGCAUGGAGCCGGCUGUGCCCGAGGAGAGUCUGGACCAGUCGGAGGAGCUGGAGACCACCUCGCAGCCGAGGACGUCCUACGAGGAGAUCACCGAGCUGCAGCACCACACGAGCAAUUUGCCGCCGAAGAAGGCGCGUCCCGGCUUUCUGCCCCUCGCCCGCAGCGAACAGGAUGAGGAUCAGAGGCCGGUGGCUGCUCCGCUCUACAGGAGCAACAGUUCCAGGCAGUUCUACAGGCCCAAGAAGGGGGUGCCCAACGAGCGUGAUGACUCCGUGUUCUACAUCCGCUCCAUGGAGCGGGGAUUGGCCGGCAAUGGCGGGAGUGCCAGUGCGGAUGAGCAGAUGUACGAUUCAUUGAGGGUCAUCAACGAGAGGAGAACCACUUUGCUGAAGGCCGACUCGCAGAGCUCGCUGGGAUCGGCGGAACGGAAACUGAGCAGCUUCUCCCUCAAAAUGCCGGAGAUUACGGAGCGGGAGAACUCCAUUGAGAUCGAAAUGGAUGCGGACGAACCACCACCGGCUCCUCCACCGCCACCUCCUCCUCCACCACUUCCUCCUCCGCCUGCUACACCUCCACCCGCGGUCAUCGAGCUUGACAAAAUGCAGAAAGACGAUCCCUAGGAUCUAGAUAUCAUCCCACUUCAUAGCGUUUAACCAGCGGCCAUCGACAAUUACUUUAGCAACUCGAUUGAUGUUUGUAUAUGUAUUUUUGUGCGUGUGCGUGUCGUUUAUUUUUAUAACCCCUAGAUCGUACCUAGAUAAGUGUUAUAUAUAUAUUACAUACACCAGCAAUAAUAUCUGUGUUGCCUCGGGCCUAAGCAAUGAACUAACGAAUCUUCAACGAUGUCUAUUAACUUUAACUACUGAAGUUACUGUACAAAUACCUGCAGUUGCGAUCGAUAUAAUAAUGGGGUUUGGAAGUGGAAGGUAUAAUUUUCUACAUUUUGAAUAGUGCGCUAUAAUUCCCAACUGGUUAAAGCCACAACAAAUUAGAAGAGAAGUUCGAUAGCAAUCAUUUACUUAUUUACUUUUAAAUUGUGAGUUAUUAAAAAGAAACUAAAUGAUUUCAUAAGUUAAAUUUAUAAUUUAUUUAACACAAUUUCAACAAUAUCGUAUAAAAUAUUAUCUUCAAAAUUGUUCAUAAAACACCAUAGUUAUUAUUUUGAUCGCAGUUGUGGGCACUAGUCUUCCUAUUGUUAAAAUAUGAGAUAUAUCACGUUAUUACUGGGCCUAUAUCUUGGGCAAAUAAGUUCUUAUGGGUGUAUCGUUGUUAUCAAUACUAUUUAUCGGUUACUGUUAAUGCUAAUCUAAACGAGGAUGUGUAGUCACAACGAUCUAAGUACGAGGGCGAAGACAAAUAAAAGCCAUACUUGUGCAUACCCUGUAAAAAGUACAAUCAGCUUAUAGUAAAGACUGAUUAGGCAACUUGUUUUACGAAAUUGGUCAACAGCGAAUGGAAAACAUGUCAAUGAAAAGCAAUCGGAACACGGAUUAAGUUCGUACACAUAAUUAGUUUUACGCUCUCAGUGUUAAUCCCGACAGUGAACAGUACCUACACGAUUAUAUAUCUGAGUGUUUAUUUGUAAGCCAAGCAAUUACAACGUUUCUUGUUCCAUAAGUGUUGAUAAUCUCACAGAAGCCCGCAACUCAAAAUGAUGGAGAUAUUUUAAUGGCAAGCCGAAAUCGAAACCCUGUUGAUGUGCAGCGAAUUUUGUAAUAAUGUUCAUUGCAUGAUUAAUAUUGCAUAAAUAAAAGCAAACAAUGUGUGUCUAA